UCACAUUGGUGGCCGCAUUUUGGUCCCUUUUGGGAUCCCAUUGGUGGCGCGAUUUGGGCCCCAUUGUGGUUCUCAUUUUGGGUCCCAUUGUGGUUCCCAUUGGUGGCCCCUACAGCUGCUCCCCCCCUCCAGGUGGGCGCUGUUCUGGAGGAGUUGGGCCCCUCCCUGGGGCAGCCCCUGGCCCGGGGUCACCACGGGGUCGCAGUGGCUUUAAUGGGCGCCUGCCUGCAAUAUAAGGAGCUCCAGCAGGGGGCGCUGCGCUGCCUUUUCCAGGCAUUCAAUUGCUGGGAGCCCCCCCAGCGGCGCCGCUGCUGCGUGGGGGCUCUGUUGGCUUUGCAGCCCCUGGAAGGGGAGGAACCACAGCCCACCCUCGGUGCCAUCACUCCUUCCGGUUCCCACCUCCUUCAGCUCCUCCUUCACUUCCGGGAUCCCUCUGCAGUUCUGGGGGGCCUUCGGGCGCUUUCUGACACCCACCUGCACUCAUUGGCCCUCAGCCCCCCCGGCAGCCAUGUUUGGGACUCCAUUAUGAGCAGCCCCUCCGUGCCCCCCCGUGCCCGGCGCCGCUUCGUCCGUAGGCUUAAGGGCCACUUCCUGUCUCUCGCCUGUCACCGCAACGGCAGCCGCGUCCUGGACGCCAUCUUGGCUUCCUGCUCCUCCCCCAUGCGAGCCUCCAUCGCCUCCGAGCUGGCCCCCCAGCGCCGGGCGCUGCUCAGGGAUCCCCACGGCCGCCAUGUUGAGCAUCGCCUCCAGCUGGAGCUCUUCCUGCGCAGCCGCAGCCAAUGGGAGCAGCUCUGGGCGGCGCCCCGGGGGACGCUGGGAACGCUGCUGGAGGACUGAGGGCCACAGAGAGGAGCGGUGAGGGGAUAGAGCGUCUGGAGCAGCGCCUGGGAUUGGCCGGAGACCAUAGAGAGCGGAGAACUCUCUUUUUCUUUGUUCCUGUGGUUUCCUGUUGGAGAACUGGCACUGUGAUCAUAGAGAUGGUGGAGUUUUUUCUGUUCUCUGAUUGGUUUCUGGAGGACUGACCUGACCGCUGGAGGUCUUGUAGUGUCUGUGGUGUGGAGGACUUGUGACCGUAGAGAUGGUGGAGGACUUGAGAUCAUAGAGUUGGAGGUCUUGUGACUAUAGAGAGAAUGGAGGACUUGUGACUACAGAGACAGUGGAGGUCUCGCAGUCUUUAUGAUCAGCUGGAGCUGAUUUAUGACCAUAGAGAUGUAGGAGGACUGAACAGGAUUGGAUUCUGGAGUGUCUCCUCUGCGUGUGCCAACCAUGGAGCUGCUGAAGGGCUGGCAGUUUUCUUUUUAUACUUACGCGUUUUCUUUAAUGAAAUAAACUGUUUCUGGUUGUUUUUAUUUUGCAAGGGAGGGGUCAUGAUUUCUCUCCUAAGCACCCCGAGGCGGUGAUUGCGAGCAAUGAAUGGGAAACGCGCGGCGGAACCUUUUUCGCUCUCCUAUUGGUCACCGCAGCCGUCCGUCACGCUCCAUCUUUUCUGAUUGGCUGAGCCGUCAGCUCCUCCUUUUCCGGCAAAAUGGCGGCGCCCAUGUGGGCACGGCGGUGGCUGUGGGGCGUGCGGGGCGAAUGGAGACAGAAGCAUGAUGGGGUUCGGCACCCCAAGGUGCUGCAGCUGCCCACAGCCUUGGGACGGGCGGCACAGAGCGUCCUACAGGAGGAAGGCUGGAGCCAGGAGCAGGCGAAGGUGCUGGGAAAGCAGCUUUGGGGUCACCGCCCCCCCGAGCUUUGGGGUGCAGAGGAGGCGCAGCAGAAGCCAGGAGCCAAAGUGAGGUACACAGCAGAACUGGCCCGUGCCUACCUGGCUGUGAGGUUGGAGCGAGACCACGUGGCUGUGGGGCGAGCACUGCGUGAGAUCCAGCUCCGUGUCCCCACUUUUACCCCACAAACCAUGUUGGAUUUCGGCUCCGGGAUCGGCACUGCCUGUUGGGCUGCCCACGAGUUGUGGGGUCACAGCUUACGUCAGUAUCUGUGUGUGGGGUCAUCCAGGGCCAUGAGGGAGAUGGGAGAGCAGCUGCGGCACGGUAAUGGGGUCGGGGGGGGUUAUGGGGUCAGAGGGGUCAUGUGGGGGUCAAGGGGUGGUUAUGGGGUGAAGGGGGGAUAAUGGGGUUAGGGGUAAGGGGAUCAAUGGGAGUAAUGGGGCCAGGGGAGUAAUGGGGUCAGGAGGAUCCAAUGGGGGUAACGGGGUUGGAGGGAAAAUGGGGUCAGGGGGUGGUAGUGGGGUC